GUGGGGUUCAUCGAGUUUGAAUUGAUCAUUUAUCGUUUGCUAACGCUCAGUGUAAGUAAUUGGCACGGGCAAGAACUCAAUUACGAAUUCGUCGAUUCUAUUCAGUUUCUAUUCAGUGAAUAGUGAGCAAUUUUUUAAAAGGGAUUAAUGAUGAAAUCUAUGGACUGUAAUAGAAAAAAUUUCCUCCGAAAAAUUGGUCGGAUUAAAUAGAGGACCGGCAGCAGAGCAAAGUAUUUAGGAAAACAUAUAUCAUUGGAUAGAUAGAGGAAUGGCACCAAAAAAUAUACCUCUAAGGUCCAUUACCUUUUUGGUGUUUUUACUAUGGACAGUUGGCUCAACGAAUGCCUCAAUCCUGACAAAUAUAUUGGAAAAUAUAAACGAAUAUUUGCGCGGUUCUUCAUCCCAUUCCGCACAGAUAACUUACAGAUCUGGUGAUUUUCAAGAGACAGAGAAGUAUUCAUACGAUUUUAUCAUCAUAGGGGCUGGUUCUGGAGGAUCCGUUGUGGCAAACCGCCUGUCUGAGAUUGCACAUUGGAAUAUUCUACUGCUGGAGGCAGGAGGAGAUGAGAUUUUUUUGACUGAUAUACCACUUUUGGCUCCUGUAAUGCACAUAACGUCUUACAAUUGGGGCUACAAGACCGAGCCGCGGCGAAAAAAUGUCGAUGGCACCGGUGGAUAUUGUUUGUCUAUGAUAAACGGUCGCUGCAACUGGCCUAGAGGUAAAGCGGUUGGUGGAACAUCAGUAAUAAACUUCAUGAUCCACUCACGAGGAUCUAAAAAUGAUUUCGAUGAAUGGGCAGCCAUGGGAAAUCGAGGAUGGAGCUACGAAGAAAUUUUACCCUAUUUUCAUAAGUCAGAAAAAGCACACUUGGUAGAGGACGAGCGUCGAGGAGUUAAUGCAUCGAUUUAUGGAAAAAAAGGAUAUCUCGAUGUGACAACACCAUCUUGGAGAUCAGUCCUUAGCGAUGCAUUCCUCGAGGCCGGGGAACAAUUGGGUUACAGAAUAAAGGACUCUAAUGAUGGCGACCCUAUGGGAUUUGGAAUCAGCAAAACUAACAUCAGAGGUGGUGGUCGUGUGAGCGCUGCUAAGGCCUUUAUCAAGCCCAUCAGACAUCGCAGCAACUUCCACCUCUCUAGGUUCUCCCGAGUAACGAGAAUAAUUAUUAAUCCAGAAACCAAAACGGCAACUGGAGUUGAGUUUGUGAGGGACUCCAAGACGUACGUCGUCGAGGCGAGGAAGGAAAUUAUUUUGAGCGCAGGAAGUCUCAAUUCACCUCAACUUCUGAUGCUUUCGGGGGUCGGGCCACAGAAUCAUCUGACCAAUCUCGGUAUUCAAAUCAUCCAGGAUCUUCCUGUUGGUCAUAAUCUUCAGGAUCACGUCAGCAUGGCCGCAUUGACAUUCCUAGUUAAUGACAGUGUGACAAUUGUCGAACCGAGAAUCGCCAGCAAUUAUAAAAAUACAUUUGACUAUUGGAUCAGGGGUACGGGUCCAUUUACGGUACCUGCAGGUGCCGAGGCCCUCGCAUUCAUCGACACGCAGGCAACUAAUCACUAUGUACAUAAGAGAUUCACUAAUUAUGAUAGCAAAAUUACUCCAAGAAAUGACAUGGACGGAGAACCUGAUAUUGAAUUAGUCUUUGGUAUCGGUUCCAUGGCGGGUGAUGCCUCGGGUGUGAUGCGUAGUAUUUUUGGAUUACCCGAUGAUUGGUAUGACAAAGUCUUCAAACAAUACGAGGGUCAGGAUGGAUUCAGCAUUGUUCCCGUUUUACUGCACCCCAAGAGCCGCGGCCGUGUCACCCUCAGGAGCUCCAAUCCCUUCCAUUCGCCCAUUCUUCAAGCUAAUUACUUUGAUAAUAACGAGGAUUUGCAAACAAUAGUCCGAGGAAUUAAGAAGGCUAUUGAAGUUGCGUCAACACGUGCCUUCGAGAAAUACAAUGCAACUCUUCUACCGGUUAAAUUUCCUGGCUGUACAGAUUUGGAUUUUCAGUCAGAUAAAUACUGGGCCUGUGUGUCACGUCAGGUUUCAACAACUUUAGGCCAUUUUGUUGGAACGUGCAAAAUGGCGCCGCGGGAGGCAGACGGUGUUGUUGAUGAACGAUUGAAGGUUUAUGGAGUUAAAAAACUUCGGGUUGUCGAUGCCAGUGUUAUGCCAUUGUUGGUAUCCGGGCAUACAAAUGCUCCUACUUAUAUGAUUGGAGAAAAAGCAAGUGACAUGAUUAAGGAGGACUGGCUCUAGUGAC